CAUUGCUACAAAUUACUUUAAGUCAAACAGUUUGUAAACGGUCGGAGCAGAACUUUCGUCUCUCGUGCGACGUGUUUAAUGAUUAAUCUAUUUCUCUUGCUUUACCAUUUCACAGCGAACAAAAUACGUGAUCAGCUUGUCGUUUAAAGUUUGGCACACUGCACGUUAGGAUAUAGUUAAAAGGCUUUAAAUGCAAGUUCUAUAGUGCUUUUAUCUACAGAAGUAAGGCAAUAAUGUCGACCCUUGCGAAGCUGGGUGCGUUUGCCAUUCUACUGGCGAUCGGUUAUCACAAGGUUUUCAAGGCACCAGCGUCUUUAAAACAAAGCCAUGUACAGCAAGAUGAUGUUUUGACAAAUGAAAUGGAUUUGAACGCACAGAAUAAGGAAGUAGUUAUAACAGUUACUGAUGGAGUAUACGUAGCAAGAAGCUUUUCAAUGGCAAAUAUGGCGAUGAUCGAAGGUCGAGAUGGGAUAAUUAUUGUCGAUUCUACUUUGGGUCCUGAAUCUGCUUUAAAAGUUCUUGCUGCCUUCAGAAACAUCACUGACAAACCAAUUAAAGCAAUUCUAGUCACACAUUUUCAUGCAGAUCAUACUGGUGGACUGGAUGCUGUUCUACAAACUGUAGAGAAAGGAAUAGAUGUGUACUCACAUAAACUUACCAAAGAUCAAUUAUCGGAAUCUUUUCUCACGAGACAGGGGGCGACGGAACGAACAUCCCGACAGUUUGGAAUGAAGCUACCAUCUUCCAAGGUACCCAACUUCACUUUUACAGCUGUGCACCCAACUCAUACUUUCGAUAAAGAACUAACUCUGAAUAUAGCAGGAGUAAAAAUCCAGCUCUUCCAUACUCCUGGUGAAACAAACGACCAUUGCAGCAUAUGGUUACCUGAUAAAGGUGUCUUGUUUUCCGCUGACAACCUUUACAGCAGUUUUCCCAAUAUAUAUCCUGUGCGUGGUGAGAUACGUGAAGUACGACAAUGGGUGGAGAGCCUGGACUUCAUACGUUAUCUAAAGCCUGAAUAUUUGGUUCCUUCACAUAUGGAUCCUGUAAUAGGGAAGGAUGAAGUUUGGAAAACAAUCACGACGUAUCGGGAUGCCAUGCAGUUUGUAUACGAUCAGACCAUUCGAUGCAUAAACAAGAAUAUGCAUUUGGAUGAUAUUGUUAGAACUGUGCGGCUACCAGCUCAUUUAGAAGAACAAAAGAGUUUGCAGCAGUGGUACGGGACAGUAGAGUGGUCGGUGCGGAGUAUUUAUGGACAGAACCUUGGCUGGUUCACCGGCAACCCGGAGGACUUGACGCCACUCAGCUCCCAGCAAAGAGCUGAGAAGUUUAACAGUUUGCUCGGGAUGAGUGGACAGAACAGCAUACAGAACAUGUUGCAAAGUGCAGAGGAAAACUUACAGUUAUCGUAUUCGCAUUUUGAAAAUAAGGGAGCCUACUUAUACGUAGAAGGACAGUGGGCGUUGGAGAUUUCGGCAAUGACGUUACGACUUACGAAACCUGGAGAAGCAAUGUAUGAAGAGGCAAAGUCUGCAAUGAUCAAGGCGCUUAAACAUAAAGCUAAAGGCACAAGUAACUGGACGGCCAGAAAUUACUAUCUAUCUUGUAUCGUGGAGCUUGAUGGAAGUGGUAUAGUACUCGACAUGACCGAAGUAAAGGAAUCGUUUCUCUCCAAAGUUUACAUUGAAGAUAUAAUGUCAACGUUUCCACGACGAUUUAAAGCAGAAGGAUGCGACCCUAAAUUCAAGCAAUCAGUUCGGUUUCAUUUUAGUGAUCUAAAACGAGACUUUGUUUUCUUGGUACGUAACUGCAUAUGUGAGUUUGUGCAGAUGAAGAGUCGCAUGCCGGACUCGACUGACGUCACGCUGACAAUGACGUCAGAAGUUUGGAGAGAUGUCAUAAAGAAAACUCGCAGCGGAUUUUCUGCUUAUAUGGCUGGCGACAUAGUUAUCGAAGGCGGAGUUUUAAACUUCAAAUCUUUCGUUGCUUUGUUCGACUAAAACAAAAAUCCUUAAUUCCUAUACCGCAUGCAAUCUCUUUAUUUUGCCUUUUGCUAAGAGUAGUUUGCUUUACAUAUUUUUGUAUUUUCGCAUGAGUGUCUGCUUACCACCAGCAGUCUAUAAUAUGACGCUUUAAAAUACAAUAAAGAUGAUUAAUUUA